AUGGCCAGUCCCAUCGACUACAUCAUCCAUCCGGAUCCGCCACAGCCACAGAAACCCGGGCAUCCGGUGUCCGGGACCCACAAUUCGCUCUUUGUCACCUCCGGGCCGGCUUCGGCAUCCCCGUCUACAGCCCCGGCGGGCCCGGUGCACCACACACAAACCCAUUCCGGAGCGCAGAAUCAGACGCAAGCUCUUUACCAGUGUGCCGAAUGUCUCCGAUUUGCUCGAGCCGAUCUCCUCAAGCGCCACCGUUCCAACCACCAGGAUGGAAACGGCAACAAACGACGUAAACGCUUCAACUCGGCUCCCUCGGCCAGCCGUGUAGGACAGGCGUGUACCGCCUGCGCAAAGUCUAGGGUAAAAUGCACACGCUGCAAAACCCGCGGGCUGGCCUGCGAAGUUACUUCAGAAGAUCCGACCGUGCAUUCUGCCCAUCCCUCCGAGCACCGCACAGGACACACCGAGUCUACCCCUGAUUCCUGCUGCUCCCUUUCGUCCGGCUCGGGACAGCCGCAGCGCCUGUUCCCCGCCGCUCCAGCUCCCCCUUCAUAUGUUGGAUCUACAAGCCCCGAAGACAACAAACAAGGCAUAGUACCCUUGGCUUAUACGGCAUAUCAGGAGCCGGAAGUCUACACCCCAGAAGCGUCCUCAGCCACAGUCGCCCAACGCGUCCCGAACCACUUGCAUGCCUAUUCUAGUAACAGUGUGCGAUAUGCGGGCAAUGAGCACGCAGGUUCCCCAUUCCCCGAUUUCCUUUGCAAUCUUUUAUACGAACAGCCCUUGGGCAACCCCUCGAGGCUGCCCGACGCCCAGGGAGCUCCAAUGCUCGACUUUUACGAUGACGCAGCCCUAGAUUUCAACGAGUUUGACUUUAAUCUGCUUAACUGGAACCUCGACGCAACUCAAGUCACGCCAGACGAUACAGCCAGCGCGGAGGACCCUGCUGGCAUGGCCGAGAUGCGGUCGACAUUGGACAAGCUCUGGACCGAGUCACCGUGGAGGUGGACACCGGGGAAAACAGACAACUGCUACACCGAACAAUCCAACCUACCUCUGCCAUCCAACGACGCACACAGCCCCAAAACCCGCCAUGAUGGAGCGGUGGGCGGUUGGGCGGCCAACGAAACACUUCGCGCAGCAUGUCGAGACAAGAUUCUGGCCAUCGUCCUUGGAACUUGCCGCGAGAGCCGUAUGGCGAACCGCGUAGCGUCGUCCUUCCCGUCCGCUGACACAAUGGAUUCGUGGAUCAACAUAUUUAUGGCAGCGCAUAUGUCCCAGGUCGCGUCUUGGAUUCACUACGGCUCGUUUUCCCUCAACAGCCAGUGGCCAGAGUGGCUUGCCGUUGCCGCCGCCGCGGGGGCUGUCUUGACCCCGGUGCCCGCUUUCCGCCGGUUCGGGCUUGCACUGCAGGAGGCGAUUCCCGUAAGACGCGACGCUGAUGCCACCAGGAGUAUGCUAACCCCUCCUCCUAACCUCCCGCCGCACUGA